GCUAGUUUAUCCCUCUUUCCUCCUUCACUAUGAAAAAUAUUUGGACAAACUAGACUAACGACUGCCAGUCCUUGUUAAUUAGCUAAUUAUGAUCCUAGUUGACAUUAUUUGUUGAAUGAACCAAAACCGGAGUGCGUAGUGGUUACGACUGAUUUAUCACCUCGGGAUUAUAGCUACUUGCUAGGGCCGUCCUCCGAGCUGUCGGGAUAAACUUUGGAGAAGUUCUUUGUAUUCGGGAUAGUCAGGCAGCUUGGCCGACAAGCUGAACAUGGACUGGGGCACGGAGCUUUGGGACCAAUAUGACAUCAUUGAGAAGCACACACAGUCUGGCCUGGAGCUGGUGGAGAAGUAUGUAAAAUUUGUGAAGGAGAGGACAGAGAUUGAGCAAAACUAUGCCAAACAACUGAGGAACCUUUCCAAGAAAUAUAACCUAAAACGAAGCAGCAAAGAUGAACCAGAGUGCAGGUUUUCCAGCUACCAGUCUUUCUUGGACAUCCUGAAUGAGAUGAACGACUACGCAGGGCAGAGAGAGCUCAUUGCUGAGAACAUGAUGAUGAGCAUUUGCAUCGAUCUCACCAAGUACCUGCAAGAGCUCAAGCAGGAACGCAAGACGUAUCUCAUGGAGGCCAAGAAGGCCCAGCAGAGUUUGGAGAGCACCUACAAGCAGCUCGACAGUAGUAAAAAGCGGUUUGAGAGGGAAUGGAGAGAAGCGGAGCGUGCAGCACAGUACGCAGAGAAGACUGAUCAAGACAUCAAUGCCACAAAGGCGGAUGUUGAAAAAGCCAAACAACAGGCUCAUAUGAGAGCACAUGUAGCGGAGGAGUGUAAGAACGACUACGCUGCUCAGCUUCAGAAAUACAACAAGGAGCAGAACCAGUUCUAUUUUAGUGAUAUGCCACUCAUUUUCAAUAAAUUACAGGAUCUGGAUGAGAGGCGAGUACGGAAGUUGGCGCAAGGCUACAUCUUGUUCUCAGACACAGAGAAGCAUGUGAUGCCUAUCAUUGGCAAGUGCCUGGAAGGCAUUACUAAAGCUGGCACUAAUGUUAAUGAGAGAAAUGACUCCAUGGUCGUAAUAGAGCAGAACAAAUCAGGCUUUGAACGUCCUGGAGAUGUAGAGUUUGAAGACUACAGUCAAGGGAUCAACCGUGCCUCAUCUGACAGUAGCCUGGGCACACCUAAAGGCCCCAUGGAUCUUCUGGGAAAGAACAAGAGCAAAAACUUCUGGCUUUUCAGCAAGAGGAGUAAGCUCUCUCCCUCCACGCUCCCACCUUUCUCCACACCCCCCGCCCCCUCGCCCGCUAACGGACCCCCUUCCCCCAAGUUUGGCCGGGACCCCCUGUCGUACUGUUUGAAGGAGAUCAAUAAGACAGUCAAACCCAGAAUCUCUUCCUUCCGGACACUCAGGAGAUCGAAGUUUACUCCAGAGAGAAUCACGCCUACGGUGACCGAGGACUUCACCCAUCUUCCACCAGAGCAACGCAGGAAGAGGUUACAGCAGAAACUAGAUGAAAUUUGCAAAGAGUUGCAAAAGGAAGUAGAUCAGAGCGAGGCCCUGGGGAAGAUGAAAGAUGUUUAUGAGAAAAAUCCUCAAAUGGGAGACCCUGCUAGUCUGGCAUCCCAAAUCAGUCAGACAUCACAAAAUAUAGAGCGGCUCAGAGGAGAGCUCAACAAGUAUGAGACAUGGCUGGCGGAGGCAGGAGGUCGAGGGGACACAGUGCGCUAUAAAACUCACACCUUCAACAACAACGGAGCUCAUGAUGGACUCAGCCCUGAUGGCGCUCAGUCCGACGAAAGCACACCUGAUCCUUCCCAGGCCAUUUACGCUGAGUUUGAUGAUGACUUUGAGGACGAGGAGCUAACUGCUCCUAUUGGGAAAUGCACAGCCAUGUACAACUUCCCUGGUGCCAGUGAAGGGACCAUCUCUAUGCAGGAGGGGGAGGUGCUGGCCGUGGUAGAGGAGGACAAAGGGGAUGGCUGGACCCGUGUCCGUAGGAGCAAUGGGGAUGAAGGCUACAUACCUACAUCUUAUGUCACCAUCUGUCUAAAUAAAUGAUAGACAUGUGAGGAACAAGAGAAGAAGAAAUAAUCAUUUCACCAAACUGUAUGCACUUCUUCCAAUGGGACCAGUCAUAAAGAAGCCACAGCACUAUGGGUGUGACCACUGGCGUAUCCAGAAGGGGAUCCAAAUAAGGUGCUUUGAUUUCUUGAGAGGGGCCCCAAAUGGGCAGAGGAUUGGAGCUAACAGUGUGUUCCUCAUGGCUUAAAUGACAUUAUUGUAAUCCCGGUUACAUAAGCCACCUAAACCACAAGGUUAUUUUACUUUUUGAUAUCAUGUCACAAUAUUGUUUGGUUUUGAUUCAAAAGUGUUGCAUGGAUCUUAGGCACCAUCAUGGUAAGAGUGCUUACCUCGUUCCAAAGCCUAAUAAGACAUUAACUUCUGAAUGUGAGAGGAAAAAGUAGAGGAGGAGGAGGAGGAGGAGGAGGAGGAGGAGGAGGAGGAGGAGGAGAAAGAUGAGUGCUGCUGCCAUCUUUACACUGAGUGUUAACACCAGUAAUAUUUAGGAGGAAGUUACCUCACCUGUUCACCUUUUUCAGUUAAACUGACCUGCUCUGACCCUUGGAAGUCCACUCCACCGGUGAACCUAGAAUAUAUGACCUGUUGCAGUUCUCAUUUGCCACUCUCUAGCUUGACAAAGACUUGGUAAAGAUUCACUUUGCUCAUGGUUAAAUCUUAAGUGUCCACAGAGGAUGGGUGCGAUUUGGGGGAGAAUGCUUCACUUUUGGUUUAGCAAUGUUUGAGACCAACGGUGUAGCCGGCUCUCCCAUCAUGGUAAAUCACAUGCACACAUCCGCACAAACACUUCAAUGUUCAGACAAUCGCAGCCAUAUCAUUAUUUUAAAUGUAGAGCAGUAACAAGGAUAUAGCUGUUGUUUUAAAAUAGUUACAACCUGAAAAUUGUACGAAGAAUAAUUUAUUACAAAUGUGUAUGUUUUAUAAAUAAAAUUUUCAAGUUUGACAUAAGUUGUACUUUGUAUUAAGGCAUGUUGUUCUAUUCCCCAUGCACUCAUAGUGGGUAGUCUGUAGCCAUAAAAGGGAGUAAAUAAUGCACAUAUAAAAUGUGCUACAUUAAGACUAUUGUAUUUAUGUAAUAAAUAAUAUAUAUAUUUAGCUAUCACAACACCACUAUUGUCUUAUUAGCUUUUUAACUAUUCAAAUAAAGACUGUUACAUUGUGAGAGAAAACUACGUCUCUAAUUAUGUUGCGAAUACUGACUUAACACCUUCUCAAGAUGAUUCAACUCCUGUUUUUUUAUGUUAUGGAGCCAGCAAGAAGAAGUAACUGCUCAUGUGUCUUUGGUGCCUUUCUGGUUACAAGCAUUUUGUAUAUACCAUUUUUGCAUGUAAGACAUUUAGUUUUUUUUCAAGACUUAAUAAAUGUAAAGCACAUUUCAAAGUUAGAAGUGGUUAUGGCAUUUCUGGACUUGGAAAAUAAAUAUUUGAAACAA